UCUCUGAAAAAAGACCAAACUUCCAAAACCCUAAAUGCCAACGCCGCAAACUUAAUCUGAAAUCGUCAUUUCUCUUUGCACCGCCGCCGUAAAUGGCUUCUUCCAUGGCUCUCAGGAGGCUUGUCUUCUCAAACAUCCCGCGCAUCGUCCGCCCGGCAGCAAUCGCUUCAACAUCAUCUAAGCUUCUCGCCGGCGACCACAUUGAUUGUCGAUCUAUCCACUCGCUCUCCGGCCGCCGCAAUGAUGUCUUCUCAGGUAUGAUGUUUCCAUUUCGAAACCAUCUUCAAACAUAUUCGAGUGGUGUCUGUUGUCAAUCGGGCCAACACACAGGAAGAAGGGACUUUUCCACAGUCGGAAUGCCUUCGGAAAAGCGAAAUCUACGAGAUCACAAACGGAGAUUGCUGGCGGCCAAGUACGAAUUGAGACGAAAGCUUUAUAAAUCCCUUUGUAGCGAUCCUGAUCUUCCUAGUGAUAUGCGGGACAGGCAUCGUUUCAAGUUAUCCAAGAUGCCGAGAAAUAGUUCCUUUGUUCGAUUGAGAAAUCGAUGCAUUUUCACUGGUCGUCCGCGUGCCGUGUAUGCCAAAUUUCGGAUGUCUCGAAUUGUUUUCCGUUCAUUAGCAUCUCAAGGUUCUUUGAUGGGCAUAAAGAAGGCGUCUUGGUAGUUCAAACUGAUAGCAGAAGAAAUGGCAUUUCAACAACUUAUGAAAGGCAGAAUAAAUCAACAAACUUUCAAUUGCAUAUGUGACAGCAAAAAUUUGUAGAUCAUUUACUUGAUGUGAUAAUUACUGCAGUUGACAAUUGUUUUAGUUGUGAACUAAGAUUUUGUACUGGAAACUUGCUUUACUUGGAUGCAGCCUGAGUGCAAAUGAUCUUUGAUUGAUUUCUAAUAUGACCCUAGAUUGAUCUCAAUGCUGUUUGAAAUUUCAAGUGAGAACUACUUAAUCCGGAUGCAUAGGUUUUGUUCAGUGCAAUGUAGGAAGUUUGAGUGAUUGGGGUUUUGGUUGAAUGUAACCAUGAUGAUAAGGAGUGACUUCUUAGUUCCUGCCAUUUUUGUUAAUUGCAGUUGUUUUAUGAAUAGUAGAUGUUAAGGACUUUGUUUAUUUGACUUGUUGAAAUUAUUAGUUUUGUUCUACCUCUAUGGCAUUGCAUUCUCCUCUGGUCUGUCUUGAUCAUUUUGGAAAAUAGCCAAGAGAAUUAUUGGCAGAGAGCACCUUUAUCUCUUUGAAAUUAUUAGUUUUGUGCUACCUUUUUGGGUGGUUUAUGCUAAAAUAGCACAAGUCAGCUGUGUGAAUUAGUGUCUGAAAAACUGAACAAUGUUAAUGUCAAGGUUUUGUUGGUGGAUUACUGGAUUUUACUAAUAAACUGGCUUCUAACUC